GCCUGGGCCAGCCAGGGCGCGGGCAAAGCCCCGGCUGAUCGCCGUCCAAUGAGGACGCAGUAUCCACACCUGGGGCGGGGCCUGGUGCGUCUUUGGAUCCGAGGCGCGGGAUUCAGGAAGAUGGCUGCUGGGCAACGGGCACUGCGUUCUUACAAGGCAAAACCUCCCCGCGGGGACUUGUAUGAUACCGCUAAGGAGGCGACCGACGAAGCUUCUUUAGCCUCCAUGGAGUGGGACACGCAGGUGGUGGACGGGUCCUCGCCGCUGGGGCCUGCAGGCCGGGGGUCGGAGGAGCCGGCCGCUGGCCUGCGGAUGCCUGCGUGGCUGCGGCCCGAGAGGUGCGCCGUGUUCCAGUGCGCACAGUGCUACGCGGUGCUCGCCGACUCGGUGCACCUCGCCUGGGACCUGUCGCGGUCCCUCGGGGCCGUGGCCUUCUCCAGAGUCACCAACAACGUGGUUUUGGAAGAGCCGUUGCUAGUGGGUAUCGAAGGGGCGCUGAAACUGAGCACUUACAACCUUUUGUUCUGUAAUUCCUGUGGGAUUCCCAUUGGUUUCCAUCUAUAUUCUACAUAUGCUGCCCUGGCUGCCCUGAGAGGUCAUUUCUGCCUUUCCAGUGACAAAAUGGUGUGCUAUCUCCUGAAAACUAAAGCCAUAGUGGAUGCAUCUGAGAUGGAUUUUCACAGUAUGCCCUUGGCAGAGAAGAUUGCAGAGCUGAAAGAGAAGAUCAUGCUGACACACAGUCGCUUACAUUCCCUAGUGAAGACCCUGCAGCAGGCGGCUCCUGAACAGAGCAAGAGCAGGACUAACACAGAACCAAGAUUUGGGAAUGGGGUCUAGGCCCCCUGCGGUCUUCAGCCACAGGUGCCAUCUGGUCAGUUCUGAGGAACCACUGGGGCAGGAUAUGCUGUGUGCCUCUAAGCUGAUGUUCUGAAUGACUUCUGAAGCUGAAAGACUAAAGUCUUCUAUGUAUAUUCCAUGGCCAUUUGUCUUAAGAACCUAGCCAGUUUCCUAUCAAUUUCGUGAUAUUUAGCUCUGAAAACAUCUUGCUUUGUUAUUUAGGAAUUAGAAAACAAUCUCAUGUGUCCCCUUGAACCAACGGAGCAAGGGUGAUCUAACAUUGGAGCUGGUGUUCAUGGUAAACCCUAGUAUCCUUCUGUGGAUGAGUAUGUGGAGAGCACUGCUGAAAAUCCCUGUUCUUUUAUAAAAUACAUGGUGUUCGUGAUAUUUAAUAAGUUGA